AUGAAAUACCUCUUCCUUUGUGCUGUCAUCCUCCUACCUGAGGGUCUUGCUUUUCCAACACAACUUAAACUAGAAUCUUGGAGCAACAUAGACUUUGAGAAAGUUAAGGCAUAUCUUGAUAAAUUCUUUCCACUUGUUACAAAAACACAAAGCCUAACCCUAGAAGAUAGGAUUAAAGAAAUGCAGAGGUUUUUCCACCUGACUGUAACUGGAAAAUUAAAUGCAGAAACAGAAGAAACCAUGAAAAAGCCCAGAUGUGGAGUCCCCGAUACAGCAGGUUACGCAACAUUUCCUGGAAACCCAAGAUGGGGAAAGACACAUUUGACUUACAAGAUUGUCAAUUAUACACCUGAUCUACCCCAAAAGAAAGUGGAUGAUGCAAUUAGAAGGGCUUUUAAGGUAUGGAGUGAUGUGACUCCACUGCAGUUCCACAGAGUAUAUGACAGACAUGCAGACAUUGUGAUUGGAUUUGGACGUCGUG